AUGUAUGCUAAUACAUUUGAUAAUGAUGAUAAUCAAAACCAAUGUGAUAGUAUAUGUUUUUUAAAUAUUAAUGAAAUUGAUAUGUCAAAGUUUAUAAGUGGUACAUAUGAAGAGAAACAUGAAAUUGCAUUAUUAUUUGAUAAAACUUUUCAUGAAUAUGGUGUUAUUCGCUUAAUAAAUACUAAUAUUACAUCAGACUUAAUAGAUAAAACAAAAGAAUUUUUUUCAUUAAGUUUGGAAACAAAACUGAAAUAUUAUGUAAAUGGUUCAUUUUAUGAUACAUCUGGAUAUAAACCAACAGGAUUAGAGUCUGUUGCCAACUAUAAGGGACAAAAAAAGGCAUCACCUUCUGAUUCUGUCGAAGUUUUUUUCUACAAUUUAAAAUCCAUAUCAAAACAUAGUGAUUUUUCUAUUGACCAAUUGCCUGAAUUGUUUCGUGAUGUUAUACCAGAAUAUAUCUUAAAAGCAAGACAGUUAAUUUCUUAUGUUCAUAGUAUUGCUGAUAUGGCAUUGGAAUUGGAUGAUAAUACAUUUGAUAAAAAUUAUACAAGUGAUGAUGCUAGGUUUAGUUUAAGAUUAGCUAAAUAUUUACCAAUAAAAAAUGGAGAACAAUUAGCAUUAGGAGAACAUCAAGAUUAUCUUGGAUUUACAUUAAUACAAAAUGAUAAUGUAUCAGGUUUAGACGUGAAUGUAAAUGGAAGAUGGUUUCGUGUAGAACCCAAACCCAACACUUUAUUAUUAGUUGGCGGUGAGUUUAUUGAAAGAUGGACAAAUAACUACUGGAUAUCUAUAUUACAUCGCGUUGCAUCAGUACAACAAUUCAGGUAUUCAGCUUUAUUCUUUAGUGGACCAGAUAUGAAUUCUGUUAUUCAAACAUUGCCAUGCAAAAAAUGCAUGCAACAACCAUCAAAAUAUACUCCAGUUACUGGAUACGAACAUUUAGAACAAAGAAAAGCAGCUAUAAUACGCAACUAA